AUGAUUUUCCGACUAUUCGGGGUACCGGAGAUCAUGCUCACGGACAAUGGAUCGCAGUUCGUCUCAAAAACUUUUAAGAGUCUGCUGGAGGCUUAUCAAGUGUCCCACUGGCUAACCCCUGCAUUCCACCCUCAGGUCAACAACACCGAAAGGGUGAAUCGCGUCAUUACGACGGCACUUCGGGCAACUUUAAAAAAAGGCCACAAUCAUUGGGCAGACGAUGUUCAGGAAAUCGCCAACGCAAUCCGUAACGCAGUUCAUGACUCCACGAAGUACAGCCCGUACUUUGUCGUUUUUGGUUGGAACAAGAUUUCGGACGGAAGGGAGCACGGUUACGUAAGGGACAACUAUCAGCCAAGCGCGGAUGACGACAAUUCUGUUUCCGAUAGACGGAAGAAAUUGUUCGAGGAAGUGCGAACCAAUCUGACCAUGGCGUACCAAAAACACGCUAAAACAUACAACCUUCGAUCAAAUGCUAAAUGUGCUUCUUAUAUAGUGGGGGAGAAGGUGCUGAAGCAAACCUUUGACCUUUCUGACAAGGGGAAAGGGUUUUGCAAAAAGCUAGCGCCCAAGUACGAAUCGGCUGUUGUGCGGAAGGUACUUGGCUCCAAUACCUAUGAAUUGGUAGAUCUUGCGGGAAAAGAUUUGGGGUCUACUUCGCUAAUCGGCUGA